AUGCAACCACCUGGUACUGGGGCUCAAUUUUAUAAUUAUCAAGGAUUCUAUAGCAUAAUUCUAAUGGCAGUGGUGAAUAGUAAUUACGAGUUUAUUUAUGUUGAUGUUGGGAAAAAUGGGAGAUUGUCAGAUGGAGGUGUUAUAGAAUGUACCGAGUUUUAUAAAAGUCUAAAAGAAGAGAAAUCACAAAUACCAAAUAAUGAUGACACCGUUAAUAAUUUAAAUUUUGUUUUUCUUGGAGACGAAGUUUUUGCUCUUCAUGAACACAUUUUAAAACCAUAUAAAGGUUCCAUAAAAACGACGGUUAUAUAA